AUGAGUGCCGUUGAACCUGCUGUCCGAGAAUCCAUCGAAGAAGCUGCUCGGGAUGCCGAGGCCUAUCCAAGCAGGCGACCCCUGUCCGGGCAAGAGGAGGAGUCACCAGCACGGACCCGAUGGUGGUUCGCCUCGACCGCUUGCCCUCUCCUCGCCGCGACUUUUGGUCCCAUCGCCAAUGGCUUCAGCAUUUGUUCUCUCGUUUGUCCUUGGAGGGAGAUUUUGCCGCCGAAGAUUCCUGAAGGCUUUGGUAACCAAAUACCGGAUCCAAAAUGGCUGCUGGCGAUAAACACCGCAUCUCUGGUCUCUGCACUUAUCGGCAAUGCGGCAUUACUCCUCAACAUGGCGCAGCGAUUGGAAUUCUCUACUGCUCAGCCCAUCACCAUCGGCGGCUUCAUCUUAGCGGGAGUGCUGUUGCUCGUCGAUGUCAUUGUUCUCAGUUCUGACGAAUACUAUUUCCUGCUCGACCCGGUGGGAAGACUACCUGGUAACCAUGCGCUUACUGCUGCGUUCUACUACGCGAUCAUUGCUGCAGUUGUUUACAUCGUCAUCGGACUGCUCAUGUGUGUCACGGUGUAUGGAGCGCAUCGGCGCUACUAUGACAAGGAUUUCCAGUUGACCAAUGCUCAGAGGAUGUUGAUGCUUCAGACUAUGCUUUUCGUCGCCUACAUUCUGCUUGCCGCAUGGGUCUUCAGCUCGAUCGAGGACUGGCGUUAUCUCGACGCAGUGUACUGGGCAGAUGUGACCGUUCUUACAAUCGGCUUGGGCGACUACAAGCCAUUGACUAAGGUCGGCCGCGGGCUGCUGUUUCCAUACGCUGUCGGUGGCAUCCUCCUGGUCGGUCUCAUCGUUGGCAGCAUUCGAAGACUGGUUCUGGAGCACGGCGAGUUGAAGAUAGCAGCUCGAAUCACCGAAAAGCGACGCAAGAAUGCACUGCACGAAAUCGAUCACAACAGAGGCACCAUAAAGAUUUCUUGGUCCGCAAAGGCCGACUACCGUCUCACGAACUCCAUGAGUCCUGCACAGCGCCGCGAAGAGGAAUUCAAUGUCAUGCGGAAGGUGCAGAACGCGGCAGAUCGAGAGCGGCGAUACUUUUCACUUUCCACAAGUAUGACCUUUGCUUCGGUGCUGUGGCUCGUAGGGGCAGUGGUAUUCAUGGUCACGGAGAGAGAACAAGACUUGACGUACUACCAAUCAGUCUACUUCUCCUUCGUCUCGCUGAUGACAAUCGGCUAUGGCGACAUCGUGCCCGCUUCGAACUGUGGCAAGGCAUUCUACGUUAUCUGGUCACUUCUGGCAAUUCCAACACUGACCAUACUGAUUUCCGGCCUCAGCGAAGCGUUCACCAAGGCCUUCACUGGCUCGACAUCUUUGCUCUCAGCACUGUACUCAAGACCGAAGGAAGUGAAGCAGUCGGCAAAAUACAAAGCUCGCAAGGCUGCGAACAAGGUUUCGAAUAUCGGCAAGACGAAGCGAGAAGUCCCUUUGAGUCCAGAAGAGCAUCGAGUAAAUACAUUGCGCACGAUGGUGGAGCGGCUGGAGUCCCACGUGGAAGAGGAGGAAUUGAAAGCACUCAAGGAGGCGGAGUCGAAAGGCGAUGACAUCGAUCGAGAUAUCCACUUCUACCACUUUGUUCUUGCGCGCGAACUCACGCGGGUGCAGAAAGACCUGCUGGCAGACAAUCCAGUACAAUACUCAUGGGACGAGUGGGAAUUCUUCCUGCUACUGAUAGGUCAUGGCAGCAUAGAUGACAACGACGGUCCUGACAUUCAACAGGACACCCCUCAGCAACCGGUGGAUCAGGCGGAUAACUCCUCAACUACCGCCACAAAAGAUAGACCUGUUAUGAACGGACUGGUGGAUAGGGACACACAGCGACAGACGAAAUGGAAUACGGCGCCAAGUAAACGAGGCCUGAUCAAGAGGAGGGAGACUGCAGAUCCCAUUGGGAAUUGGUCUUGGCUAGAUGAGAAGUCACCGUUGAUGAGCGUCAAGUCGGAGACACCACAACACGAACCGCACACCUCUUACCUUACCUCCACCAAAUGGUCAUACACCACGCCUUCCACCCUGAAGACGUGUCGAGUCGACAACUCGUCGUUCAGCGAGAAGAUGAGCGGCAACAGCAGCAGCAACAGUAACUCCACUUCCUCCGGUCGACGAGGACGAGGAGGUACACCACGCAGGACGAGGAGAAUUGCCGAUGCCAUGGCUUUCCAAGAACUUCUUGCCUCACCAAGCACCAGUUCUUCAUCGACUUCAAACUCGAACUUCCGAGCAACACCGCCGCACCUUCAGCGCAAGCGAACAUCAUCACACCAUCCCUCAGGGGCGUCACCCAUUCCAAGCUCGUCGGCUUCGCGACCUAUACUCCAGCCCGCCAAGCCCGCGCUGCCAAGAAUGGCGCCCAACAACUAUCGCCAGUCGGCGGUCUACAAUCCUUUUGAAUUGCGAGUCUACUUUUCGAAUGCUCCCAUUAGCUGGAAGACGCGCGACGUGCAUGCCUUUUUUCAGCGGUUUGAAAAUGUCGCUCGAAUUGAGAUCUCCGAGAAGCAAGGCCGUGAUGGCCACGGCGUGGUGGUCUUCCAGCCACCACCAAAAGACAGGUCCUGGGUAGGACGCUGGCUCACUACACAACAUCAUGGAAUAGAGAAGCGCAUGGAAACAAAAGACAACUCGAGGAAACCAUACCACUACCGAAGUCCGCUUUCCAACAGGGUUUUGCCAGAGAGAAUGACACUACCACUAGCAUCGGUGGACUUCGGCAUGAUGCAAGAGCAAGACAAAAUGAUGAUCUUGCACACGGCAGAGCCUUCACCUCAGACCAAGGUUGCGUUCACUGUGGAUCUACAGCACAAGGAGCUGACGUUCACGUUCCCGGUCCAUGUUCCAAGCAAGGGAGAUGGUCUGGUCGAGCGUCAUUUCAACUUGCGCAUCACCCCAGCACAGAUCUCUGGCGCCUUCAUGGUCCGGGAUCCUGACGAUACAACAUCAGUCGUCUUUACUACUGAGACUCCACCGCUGGUCUCCAGAAAAGUGACCAAUAUAUCCAGCACUCACGACGACAAAGCCACUCUCUGGACUGAGCGCAGCACCUGGCUGCGCCAGACCGACAUCGAUCUCUAUCCUUGGGCACGGUCGUCAGCUAUAGAGCUUCGCAAAGUCAAUACCAUCAUUGAAGUCGGUCGCUGGCUGACGUACAGGCUGAAGUUUCCUGCGGCCGUCACCACUUCCCAAGACUUUCAAGACAUGUGCCAAGCACUGGCAGACCACAAUGUCAACAUGAAUAUAAGCAACAACAUCACAUUCACGCACCACGAACCGAACAAUCUUUGGCAUUGGUCUCAAUCAGAGCAAUCGAAAGACUGGAGAUCGGCCGAAUCUGUGCUUUCGGAGAUGCAAGAAAUGGCGGAUGGCACUGUACCACUGCCGUUUCCAUUGCGAUAUCAGCUUGAAGUGUGUAUCAGCCUCGGACUGAUCCAGGAGUGCAACCUCAGCCGCGACUUCGUCGCGAGGCUGCAGGCGCUCGAUCCUCAUCGUGCCGUCAAGAUACUCGAGAGGGUUGCAGAUCGCAAGUUGAAAUACUGCAAUCCCUUCGACCUAUUCUCGCUGCACAAUCAAGUGUCAGUGGUCGAGAAGAAGCGACCUGGAUAUUGCACUAAGAUUCCCUCAGUCACCAUCACACCCACUACCAUGUACAUCUCGACACCCGUUUUGGAGACCUCAAACCGUGUGAUUCGCCAGUAUCAACAGUUUGAGGAUCGCUUUCUCCGAGUUCGCUUCACCGAUGAGCGAUACAAAGGCAAGAUCAUGCCAUCGGAAGACCACAGAGAUGACGAGAUCUUCUCCCGUGUCAAACGAGCGAUGGUGUACGGCAUCAAGAUUGGCGGCAGACAUUACGAAUUUCUCGCGUUCGGAAACUCCCAGUUUCGUGAGCAUGGAGCGUAUUUCUUCGCGUCGACUGCUAGUGUAACCGCUGCAGACAUCCGUGACUGGAUGGGAGACUUUACCAGUAUUCGCAUCAUUGCCAAGUAUGUAUCUCGACUUGGACAGUGCUUCUCAACAACACGCGCCAUUCCGCACUCCAUCAACGUCGAGAAGAUCAAUGAUGUGGAACGAAACGGCUUCUGCUUUACCGAUGGCGUUGGCAAGAUUUCACCGUUCCUGGCUCGUAUGAUCGCUCACCACUAUGGACUGGCGAAUUCCGAGCAAGAUUACCCUUCGGUGUUUCAAUUCCGUCUCGCUGGUUGUAAAGGUGUGUUGGCAGUCGACCCAUCUCUCAAAGGCAUGACAAUACAGAUCCGACCAAGCCAGCAGAAGUUUCCUGCCAAAGCCAGCGGUCUGGAGAUCUGCCGCAUCUCGCAAUUCAGCACUGCCUCGCUCAAUGUGCAACUGAUCCUAGUUCUGUCGGCACUCGGUGUUCCAGAUGAGGUCUUCCUGAACAAAUUGCGACUUAUGCUAAAGGACCUGCAAGAAGCCAUGGACAAAGAGCAGAAAGCACUCGAGCUGUUGCAGAAGCACAUUGACUUCAACCAAAUGACCAUUGCACUUGCAUGCAUGAUCUUUGAUGGGUUCAUGGCAACCAAGGACCCCUUCGUCAUAACCAGCUUGCGACUCUGGCGCUCGUGGAACCUUAAGUACCUCAAAGAGAAGGCGCGUAUCUUCAUCGAUGAGGGCACAUUCUUGCUCGGCUGUACCGAUGAGUCUGCCACACUGAAGGGUCACUACACCAGUACCCAGGACGUCACAGGCACCCUCAAAGACAACAUCCAUGACGAGUCCAAGUUGCCAGAGAUCUUCCUCCAGAUCCCAGACACCGAGCGACCUGGAUCAUACCGAGUCAUCGAAGGAAUCGUUGGCCUUGCACGCAAUCCGUCCUUGCAUCCGGGCGAUUUUCGCAUCGUAAAGGCAGUGGACGGUCCAGCUCUGCGUCAUCUGAAAAAUUGCAUCGUGCUUCCGCAGACCGGUGACCGGGACGUUGCAAAUAUGUGCUCUGGUGGCGAUCUCGAUGGGGACGACUUUAUCGCUAUCUGGGACAAGGAACUCAUCCCACCAGAGUGGAAUCACGAGCCCAUGGACUACACAUCGCCAGAUCCAGUCUUGGCCGAAGGCCCAGUUACUGUUGACAACAUGACUUCAUUCUUUGUGCAGCACAUCAAGAACGACAUCCUGAGCAGGAUCGCUUGCGCGCAUCGUUACUGGGCAGACCGAUUGCCCGACGGCAUCAAGGAGCAAAAGUGUCUCGACCUAGCGCAGCUCCACUCCAAAGCCGUCGAUUACCCAAAGACUGGCGUACCAGCCACCAUGCCUGUAGAACUCAGAGUCCGAGAAUGGCCGCACUGGAGCGAGCCGAAGAACAAGGCAAGAGGUAAGGUCUACCACUCCAACAGAGUCCUCGGCAAGCUAUACGACGAGGUCAAGAAAGAGCCAUUCCAUGCAGCGUGGGACAUGCCAUUCGAUGCACGAAUCCUGGAAUCUUGCGAGCCAACGGAGCAGAUGCUGCAAGAUGCUAGGGAUGUCAAGAGGGUCUACGACGAGGCUAUGCGCCGUAUCAUGAACCAGCAUGGAAUUCUGACCGAAUUCGAAGUCUUCACCACCUUUGUCCUCGAUCACCAUCAAGAGAUUGGCGACUACAAAUUUGCCGAGGCCAUGGGUGAGAUCACGACAAAUCUCAAGCAGCAGCACCGAGAACUCUGCUACGAGAAAGCAGGCACCAACGAAAAAGACCGCGAUUGGGACAAGAUGAAGCCCUUCAUCGUCGCAAUGUACAAGGUCACGGCCGAUGAGGUGGGCGAAGCCGUUGCAGAGACUCGAGUCACUCGGAUGAAGGGAGGUAGAGAUGUUCCACUUCGUUCUCUGACUUUCGACACUAUGCCGUUGAUGACAUUCCCAUGGAUCUUCGCUCCGGAGCUGGGCAGAAUUGCAACGAAGGGGCAUGCUUCUGGUGUCGCUAUGCCGAAGCCGACGUUGCCGAAGACUGCUGCAGUGACGAAGAAGAAGAACGAUCUCUUGCCUGAAGACUGGAAGCCGGUGCCGCUGAUGGAGGUUGACAUGAGCAGAGGCGUGGUGAGAGAGGGCGAGCUGUUUGACCUGUUGGGCCAAGACCAGCAGAGCGAUGGCAAAGGAGGCGAGAAAGAUGGCGCGGAGAAGGGUGUUGUGGUCGUGCCGGAUUUAAUCAGCUUUGACCAGGGAGCCGCGGAUGAGGUUGGAGACAGGAAGGCAGAUUCACCGAUGGUGGAGGGAAUCUCUGCAGAGGAGAAGCCAUUUUCUGCCAGCGCAGAGCAGGCUGCCAAGCAUACCACGGCAGCCGGCUCACCAGCACCGAACGGAUCGAUGUCCACCGAGGAUGAGGUCGAAUUCGAAUUCGACGAUGGGGAGGAGGAAUUCUUCGACGGAACUGCCCGGCAAGAUUUCGACAUGAAGCCAUCGGGUCUCGAUCGCUUGGCUUCUCUAGUCGGUGUGGAAGACGGCGAGGACUCCGAAGACUGA